AGAAGCAGUUUGUCUGGCUAUCGGGCAAUUGAACCGGUGCGAUCCUGGCGUGAAGUUGAUAUCGAGUUAUUUGUAAACAAGAUGUCCAAUGUAGGAAAAAUAAAGAUAAAAGCGAUCGCGGAUCUGCAGGCCACUAUACGAAUUAAUGUGGAACCGGACCCACCCCCCACGACCGAGAAGAGCACGCCGAAACAGAAAAAAGCGGGAAGAGCUCGUGUGGCUUCCACGGCAAAAAAAAUCCAGCCAAAAGCGGAAGCAUGUCCAAUUAUAGUCGGCACUCCGUUCAAGCGUUCCAGCAAGAAGACUCCGUUGCCAGGACAAAUGCGCAUCGAUAGCUUUUUUAAAAGUGCCGUCAAGAACUACAAAGUCAACAUGGUGCCAAACUCCGCCUCCAAGACGGUGGAUCCUCCGUUGGACAAGCGGAAAGAAAAUUCCAGGAGACGCAAGCGCCUGUUCGAGGAGUCUACAACCACUUUCUCCGCCUCCACGGACAAGCGGGAUGCGAAACCGCCAGAGAAGCGAGUGCAGCCUAGUCGCCGUGCAAAAGGCAAGGAGAACGCCAUCACCGAGUCGGACGUAAUUGACCUGUGCUCCGAGGACGAGCAAGCCACAGAAAAAAAGUCUUCCAUAGUAGCCUCUCCCUGUCAAACAAGUAGCCCUGUACUAGCAGCGGAGCAUAGAAGUCCAGAGGCGCAGCUAAACAGUCCCAAAAAAGUUCCCAUUCUCGAUGGGUAUCUAAACAGCACAUGCAGGGUCGAGAUCUCACCCGAUUCCAAAAAAUCCCCUUCGAAUAAUUCUUUCCGCUCAUCAACGGUAACAAUCCCAAAGGAAAGCCCGCUGCCCAAAAACUCUAAAAAAGAAACUGGACGCAAACAAAAAAAACCAAAGCCUUGUCCGCCCUAUAAAGUCGUGGAAGGUACAUCCUUCUGCGUCGACGGUUUUCAGUUUGGGGAUAUAGAUGGAGUCACACAUUACUUUCUCACCCACUUUCAUGCGGAUCACUACAUCGGCCUAACUAAAAAGUUCUGCUAUCCUCUCUACGUGAGUCCUACUACAGCGCGCCUGGUGCAAACAUUUAUUAAAGUCGAUACAACAUACAUUCAUGAGAUUGAAGUGGACCAGACCCUGGUCGUAAAUGGCGUCCAAGUAACCGCCUUAGAAGCUAACCACUGUCCUGGAGCACUCAUGUUCUUCUUCAAACUGAGCUCUGGCGAAUGCAUACUGCACACUGGAGACUUUCGAGGUAGCGCGGACAUGGAAUCCCUGCCGAUCUUCUGGAACCAUGCAAACAUCGACCUGCUCUAUCUGGACACAACGUAUAUGAAUAAGAACUACGACUUUUGCCACCAAAGCGAGAGCGUUGACCGUGCCGUUUAUCUGGUGCGCGCUUUCAUAGAGAAAAAUGCAUCCAAAAGAAUCCUUAUCGUCUGCGGGUCCUAUGUGAUAGGAAAAGAGAAGAUAUGGCUGGCCCUAGCGAAAGAGUUCACUAUGAAAGUUUGGACGGAAAGCAAUCGCAGCACUGCCGUUAGAUGCCUUAAAUGGCCGGAUCUAGAUUCUGUGCUAACAGAAGAUCCCCGCGAAGCAAACUUGCACGUUGUUACAAUGGGAAAAAUCAGCUAUCCGAGCCUGGUUGAUUAUUUCACGUUAUUCGAGGACCAAUAUGAUAUGUUGCUAGGUAUAAGACCAAGCGGCUGGGAAAAAAACUCCAAGCCUUCCUACGGAAAGCGAAUUAGCACGAUCGGCAUCGAGUACUCGGAACACUCCAGCUACAAGGAGUUGGAGCGGUUCGUACGCUUCCUCAAGCCGAAGCGAGUCAUAAGCACCGUUCCUGUGGGUCGCAAUCUCUUUGUCACUGGAGAUGUGCCCACACAGUGGUACAAGUACGAAGGUCGGGCAUCUAUGUUGAGUACAGGGUAUCAGCCUUCGAUAUCUGCUUUCCUAGCUACGCCAAAACGCGUUGCAACAUUCAGUUCAGAUAUUGAAAUGUUCUUGAGCCCCGUGCAAGAGAAUGUUUCCAAAGGGAGCAAAGAUAAGAUACCGGAUCAUGUAAGUAUAAUGUCCAGCACCAUGGAAGAGAGUUUUCGAAAUGAAUCCGAGAUACCAGUUAAAAACGAGCCCCUGGGACCGGAAUCGUUUCCGAAUUCUGAAAUAGUUGCUGGAAACAAUGCAAUGGAAUCCGAAAUUCCAUAUGUUGAAAUGGACAUUAAAAACGAAACUCUCGACCCUGGAGCAGUCCUUAUACCUUGUGUUCCAAUGGAGGAUAAAAUUCAAAGUACCGAAUGCAAUGUUAUUGAGGUCCAGAAAGGCGAAGUUGUCUUAGUUAGUAGACUGGCAUCCGAUGCAGCAGACGAUUGGCUCCUAUAGUGAAUAAAUUGUUGAACAAGUCCUUAGGAUUUAAGUACGUCUGCUGCUAGUUUUAAGAUAUUUUGUUAUUAAA